AUGUCGGUAAUAACAACCGUCACAAGCCCCCACACGGCCAUGCCUAACAACGAUUCACCCGUGGACGACCCGGCAUCGGGAAAGUCAGACACUCCAAAGACCGAGGUGACAGAGAAUAUGGACACCUCUGCACAAGAAACGGUCAAGGAGACCGAGCCUCCUCGGAGGCCAUCAAGAAUACGUUACACAGCGGCCUGUUUCAACUAUGACGGCCAAAACUUUUCCCAUUCCCAAGAUGAGCCAUUUCCAUCUCAGGUUCCUCAGCAUGAUGAGACAGCUAAGCCUAUCAUUGAGGUCAUCACCAGCAUGCGUGUUGCACUCAAGAGUGACUCGAAGCAAGCCAACGAAAAGAGUGACCAAAAUUUUAAAGGCAAGAAGGAAACAAUGGACGAUAAGGUCAUACGAGGAAUCGACAGUUCACGUAUCAUCAUUCAUUCCCCGUACUUGUCUGAGCUGAUCCGCGAUACUGUCGACUAUUACCCGGGCCAAAACCUGACCGGAGAGACCAUUUUAAUCCACGAACCGUACGGAGUUCUGCUGCACUACUGGGAAAAAUUGAAUCAGACUCACAGCUCUUCCGAGGAAUCUUUUGAGUCGAAAGAGAGUGACCGCAAGAUCCAACUGGAGCACCUAGGUGUCUUGAUUGAAUAUCUGACUCCAAUCGUCAAGAAACAGCUAGAAACGAUACAAAGACGUCUGGGGCAAGACUCGCCAACCACUACUUGGGAUGACCUAUGGUAUCUACUACGACCUGGGUCGCAAAGUUAUUGCAAAUGGGAUGGCCAUUGGAUGGGAUGCGUUAUCGAAGACACCACGAAGUGUCCGCCAGACGAAGAGGACAAUCUCCCAGAACGAUGGGAAGUGAAGAUCUGGUUCCUAUCGAUGCAUUGGUCCUACGGAACACUGAUACCUGCGUCCCACACCAUUGACAUUCCUAAGUUCGAAGGUGAGAAGAAGGUGGGACAGCUUGAUGUCUAUCCAGAGCAAUAUUUUGAGGGCGAUCGGAAGAAAGACUUCGAGAUUCGUGGUGAUCAGAUCUGCGACAUGCUCUGGAAUGGGCACAAAUAUGCCAAUUACGAUGGCGAAUUGAUGAGCAACAAGAAAAUGAAGUACAAAGGGCAAAUUAUCCUCAGUGCAUUUGGUGAUCAGGCAAUACAGUUCGAGGAAGAUAAAUGGGCUUUCGACAUGGACCCGGAACCCGUGGACAAAACUAGGCCUGCAAAUGGCUCUUCGGAAGUGUUGCAGCCACUCUGGCUUGAUCCCACGAAAGACUCGAGAGACUCGUUGACAGUAGCUCACAAGUUUAUCAUCUGCCCAGUCGUAGCCGGCUUUACUCUUCCAGCGAAGACUUGGGUCUCAGCACAUGUGGGAAACAUCCAGGACUUGGCACAAGAGGAAGUACCUGAAGCGAUCGUCAGCAGUGAAAAGCUGAAGAUCAUCAAGGCGCUGGCCGAACGCCAAAUGUCACCCAAACCCUGGUCAGCCGAUUACAUCAAGAAUAAAGGUGAAGGAGUUGUCAUCCUCCUUCACGGGCCUCCAGGCGUGGGAAAGACUUACACAGUUGAAUCCAUCGCCAUGCGGAAGAGGCAGCCAUUGAUCAGUCUCUCGACAUCAGAUUUGCGCACUCGAACGACCACCCUGGAAGAGGAAUUGACCAGGUGGUUCAAGAUGGCUGACAAAUGGCGUGCUAUCCUUCUCAUCGACGAGUGUGACCUCUUCCUCGAGCGGCGCGAGAAGAAGGACUUUGCGCGCAAUGCAAUCGUCUCGGCCUUUUUGGGAAAGAUAGAGUACUUUGGAGGUCUUCUGUUUCUCACGACCAAUAGGGUCGGCCACAUUGAUGACGCCUUCAUGUCUCGUGUUCACGCUGUCAUCGGCUUCGAUCCGCUCGAUGGUACACGACGUGAAAAGAUUUGGGACAGCCUUCUUACGAAGCUUAACCGCGAGCGAAAGGGAGUAAUUCGCAUCAGCAAUGGCGCCAAGAAGUUUUUGAAGACACCCGAGGUGCUUGAGUAUACGGAUUGGAACGGCCGUGAGAUUCGCAACGCCUUUCAAACAGCCAUCGCGCUUGCCGAGUACGAGGCUAAAAAUGCCUCGGACUAUGACCAGACACAGGAGAUCAUUGUUGAGGCUGAGCACUUCAAGGAUGUGAUGGAAAUGAACAAAUCUUUCCGGUCCUAUCUGGACAGCAUCAAGGACCGUAAUGAGGGGGAGCGGGCGCAUUCAGCUGCGUGGAGGAAUGACUCUUGGAACGCAGAAGAGAAAGGGAAUUAG